AUGUCUAGAGACGGUCAAGAUGAUUUUGAUGGUUUAGAGUUUAUUCCAACGUUUCUGAAAGUAAAACAAAUAGUAUUAUUACGUUAUAAUGACUUUUUGGAUUUAUUGAAUGAAUUUAAUACAACAUUGAAAACAUUUACGAAUGAUGAAGAUUAUUUUCUUCAAUUUUCAAUUGUUCCUGGAACAGAUAAAACCGUGUUAUGGAAAGCACUUAUUCGAAUUAAAUGUACUCGGAUUUUAAAAGUAGAUGACAGUAUCCAGAAUGAAUCCGUCUUGAAUUUACAUCAGUUCUUGUCAGUUCAUCAAUCUUUAUUACAACAAAUAUCAACAUUACAAAAAUGUCUAACACCACUAACAAAUUCUACAGCAAAUCCAGUCCAAUCAUUAUAUAAUACGUCACCAACCACGUCAAUAUCAUCCACAAAAUUAUCUGUUCAAUUACCAGAUGCAAAUGAAUGUUGUAUUUGUAUGGAUAGAACGGCGAACUUACUCUUACCAUGUACACACCAAUACUGCGAAGAAUGUUUUCAACAGUGGUCAACGCAAUCAUCGUCAUCGCACACUUGUCCACUCUGUCGUAUUGAAACACAAGCAGAUUCUGGAUUUAUAUUGACAGAAAAACCAAAAUAUGAUAAUGUUAAAAAAAUGCUUACUGAAUCGAUCUUAUCACUACCUGACGAUUAUAAUCAUUAA